UGAGGUGACGUUAGCAACCCCAAAGCGUCCCUCUUUCCCCAACAACGGCAAACAUGUCAAAUGAAAAGACGGGAAGUUACCGAACUAAACGAGUUUUCGUCAACAAUAUUGAUACGUAUUCCUCUAAAUGUAUCGCAAAGUUUCUGUCAACCUGCAUGGUUGGCGGCUCCUUGGAGGAGGCAGAUGAAGAUGGUCCCGCUGAGGAUGAGACAGCACUUCAAGAUGGGACUUUUCAAAUUGUUGGAACUAUCUCAAACAACGAAGGGGAAAAACCCAGUUUUGCAUUACAAUGUUAUGCAUCACAGAAGCGAGAUCAGCUGCUGCCAAGCCUAUUGGAAUGUGAUGUGGUGGUUUACAACAUCUCAGAACAUGCAACAGCAGAGAUGAUAGAUGAGGCAACUUGGGCAAUUUCAGCUCUUCACUCAGAUAUUGAGAGUUUUGCGUCUCAGAAGAUAUUCAUUCUGAUAUCAUCAGUCAUGACCUGGGCAAUGAGCAAGCCAGCCGAUCCUAAUGACCCAGAGAUUCCUCUGACGGAGGACGACUACAGGAGGAAAAGACAUCAUCCUAACUUCAAGGAGCACGCCAAUGCAGAGAAAAUGGUGCUCAAACUGGGCAAAACCAAAAAGUCCAAGCUGUCCAGUUAUGUUGUGGCGGCAGGUGUUCAGUAUGGAAUGGGAGAAAACCUCCUCCACUACUUCUUCAAGACGUCUUGGCUGGGGGAGUUUGCAAAAGUUCCUGUUUUUGGGCCGGGCACAAAUAUUAUCCCUACCAUUCAUGUCAACGACCUUGCAGGGGUAAUUCAGAAUGUAAUCGACCACAAGCCAAAGAUACAUUAUUUCCUCGCUAUGGAUGAUUCCAAUAAUACUUUUGAGGAUAUUGUGAAGAUAAUAAGCUUUGUGCUCGGUCCAGGGAAGAUCAAGAAAGUCCCUAAGGAGGAGGCCUACCUCACCAAAGUUCUGACGAAUGCUGAUGUGGAUUACCUGAGUGUCAACCUGCGGAUAGAGCCAAUCUUUCUGAAGGAAACCUUCAACCUUCACUGGGUGUCGGAGGCUGGCAUCAUUGAUAACAUCAACCGGGUGGUGGAGGAAUACAAACUGUUGAGACUACUACUGCCCAUCAGAAUCUGUCUCCUGGGUCCUCCAGCAGUAGGAAAGAGCAGCGUGGCAGAGAAACUGUGUCAACAUUACAAACUGCACCACAUCAACCUCAAAGAGGUCAUUGAUGAGAAGAUGCAACAUCUGGAGGAGGCUGUGAAUGGCACUGAGCAGGAGGGAGAGAGUGAGGAGGCGCUCAGUAACGCUCAGGACCAACUGGACUCUCUGAAGGACAGCAUGGAGCAAAAUGGAGGUCGCCUGAGCGACGGGCUUGUGUACCGUAUCAUGCGUGAUAAGCUGAACUCAACGCCUUGCAGGAACCAUGGCUUCGUCCUCGACGGCUUCCCCAAGUCCUACGAUCAGGCCAAGGAGAUCUUCUAUGAUGAACAGGAUGAUCCCAGGUCCAAAAUGCCUGCCUUCAACAAGAAGAUCAUUCCUGAGUUCAUUUUCUCCCUGGAGGCAUCGGAUGACUUUUUAAAGGAGCGGGUGCAGAACCUGCCUGAGAGUGUGGCAGAGAAAAUGCGCUACUCUAAAGACGAGUACCUUACCCGGCUGAAGAAGUUUAGAAAGGCCAACGUGGAAGAUGAAACGGUUCUGAACUACUUUGACGAGCUGGAGAUUCACCCAGAGCACAUUGAGGUGAACAAUGAUCCUGAAUACGGUGCUGUGAUGGACAAAAUCACCAGGCUGGUGGGGCGUCCCAGGAACUACGGACCCACCCCUGAGGAGAGAGAGGAGAUGGAGAGGAAGUCCGUAGAGGAGACAGCACAGCGCCUGGUACUGGAGACAGCAGAGUGGAAUAGGAGGGAGGCUGAGACCGCUGCCAAGAUGGCCACACAGCUCGAGGAGUGGGUAAGAGAUGCCAAGAUGGCCACACAGCUCGAGGAGUGGGUAAGAGAUGCCAAGAUGGCCACACAGCUCGAGGAGUGGGUAAGAGAUGCCAAGAUGGCCACACAGCUCGAGGAGUGGGUAAGAGAUGCCAAGAUGGCCACACAGCUCGAGGAGUGGGUAAGAGAUGCCAAGAUGGCCACACAGCUCGAGGAGUGGGUAAGAGAUGCCAAGAUGGCCACACAGCUCGAGGAGUGGGUAAGAGAUGCCAAGAUGGCCACACAGCUCGAGGAGUGGGUAAGAGAUGCCAAGAUGGCCACACAGCUCGAGGAGUGGAACCGUCACGUGACUGAGGUGAAGAGGCAGGAGCACGAGCUGCUGGAGGCUCGCUCCGCCCCCCUGAGGAACUACCUGAUGAAUUACGUAAUGCCUUCUCUCGCUGAGGGCAUGAUGGAGUGCUGCAAGGCCAAGCCAGACGACCCGGUAGACUUCCUGGCUGAAUAUCUCCUCCGGAAUAAUUCACAAGAUUAGUGUGAUGUGGAUUAAGACAUUCCAAACGUCUAUGAGACCUUGUCGACUGGUAUUAUAAAUGUUUUGUCAUGACUGUGUUCUGUGUUGAUCAAGUCUACCUUGUUUAUUUUUCCCCACAAGAAAUACAAAAACAUAUAAUGCUCUGUUUGGAGGAAUUAUUGUAAAGAUCAUUUUAUGAAUAUAAUGAUCUUUAACUAAAAAAAAAAAGUGACAUGUAUAUUCUGAUUAAAUUGUGUGUUAAUGCCUCUUCUACACCCACCCUAGCAUGAAUUGUAAUCCAAUGACAAAACCCACAGCUGAUUGGCACAGCGGCUGAAUAGUAAAAACAUGCGUGAAAACAGAGCUAGUGAUUUUCUGAACAAGAAGUUCAACUGAUUAAAAGUCACAACAAGAAAAAAAGCUUACAUUUUAAGGCCAGGCAUCACAGGCUGACAUUUUUGCGUCUUAUUCAUUUUGCGAUUUGUUUGCAUUUUGGUCUAUUAAUAUUAGUAUUUUCACACAAAAAAAUAUAUAAACAUUUCAAAA